GGUCCUCCAUGUGCAUCACCAUGCUCACGUCCCUUUACACACACACUGACCCCAGGUGAGAAGACCCCCGUCAACCCCAAGGGGAAUCCCCAUCCACCCCUCCCGGGGGCCAGGCAGCCAAGGCCUGGCGGCCCCCUAGUCCGGCGGUUCCGCCCCAUCCAGGCAGGCUGAGUCAGGCUGCAGGAACUGGGCGGGGGGCAGUGUCGGGAGGAGCCAAAGGUGGAGCCAGAGCCGCUGGAAGAGAGCGCAGCCCAGCCGGCCUGCACCAAGUGGCCCUGGGCCGGCGGGACGCUGGGGGCGAGCAAGGGGGGCUCUUUGGGACCUACCAUGAACGCCAAGAAGAGAGGGAGUCCCGCACGGACUCAUUCCAUGAUGUCCUUGUCUGUACGGCCGCAGCGCCGCCCGCUCAGCGCCCGGGUCAGUAGGAGCCAGUCGUUCGCAGGAGUCCUCGGCAGCCACGAGCGGGGGCCCAGGAAUUUACCGGUCUUCAGCCCGCCAGGGCCCCCACGGAAGCUCCCUGCGCUUUCCCGAGUAUCCAGGAUGUUUUCCGUGGCUCACCCAGCCUCCAAGGUGCCACAGCCUGAGCGGCUGGACCUGGUGUAUGCAGCACUUAAGCAGGGCCUGACGGCCUACUUGGAAGUGCACCAGCAGGAGCAGGAGAAGCUCCAGGUGCAGAUAAGGGAGUCCAAGAGGAAUUCCCGCCUGGGCUUCCUGUAUGACUUGGACAAGCAAGUCAAGUCCAUUGAACGUUUCCUGCGACGACUAGAGUUCCAUGCCAGCAAGAUUGAUGAGUUGUAUGAGGCAUACUGUGUCCAGCGGCGACUCCGGGAUGGUGCCUACAACAUGGUCCGUGCCUAUAGCACUGGGUCCCCAGGGAGCAGAGAGGCCCGGGACAGUUUAGCUGAGGCCACUCGGGGACAUCGGGAGUACACAGAGAGCAUGUGUCUGCUGGAGAGCGAGCUAGAGGCACAGCUGGGCGAGUUUCAUCUCCGGAUGAAAGGGCUGGCUGGCUUCGCCAGGCUGUGUGUGGGCGAUCAGUAUGAGAUCUGCAUGAAAUAUGGGCGUCAGCGCUGGAAACUACGCGGCCGCAUUGAGGGUAGUGGGAAGCAGGUGUGGGACAGUGAAGAAACCAUCUUUCUUCCUCUGCUCACGGAAUUCCUGUCCAUCAAGGUGACAGAACUGAAGGGCUUGGCCAACCAUGUUAUUGUGGGCAGCGUCUCAUGUGAGACCAAGGACCUGUUCGCUGCCCUGCCCCAGGUUGUGGCUGUGGACAUCAAUGACCUUGGCACUAUUAAGCUUAGCCUGGAAGUCACAUGGAGCCCCUUUGACAAGGAUGACCAACCUUCAACUGCUUCUACUGUCAACAAAGCCUCCACAGUCACCAAGCGUUUCUCCACCUAUAGCCAGAGCCCACCAGAUACACCCUCACUUCGGGAGCAGGCUUUCUAUAACAUGCUGCGGCGGCAGGAGGAGCUGGAGAAUGGGACAGCAUGGUCCCUGUCAUCUGAAUCUUCUGACGACUCAUCCAGCCCACAGCUGUCAGGCACUGCCCGCCACUCAUCAGCCCCUAGGCCUCUGGUGCAGCAGCCCGAGCCCCUGCCCAUCCAAGUUGCCUUCCGUAGGCCUGAGACGCCUAGCUCUAGGUCCUUGGAUGAGGAGGGCGCCAUGGCCCCAGCCCUGGCAAAUGGGCAUGCGCCCUAUAGCCGGACUCUGAGCCACAUCAGUGAGGCCAGUGUGGAUGCUGCCUUGGCUGAGGCUUCAGUGGAGGCUGUGGGCCUUGAAAGCCUAGUGCAGGGACCUAGCCCACCUGUAUACCUAGAUCCCACCCACAGGGAGCACCCUAGUCCUAUUCCUCCUGCCCUAGACUCUGGCCACUCUGCCACAAGCCCUACCCUUGGUACAUCAGGCCCUGCCUCUAAAUUUACAGACCCUGCCCCAUCUCUAGACUCAGUUCAGGAGAACACAGACUCUGGUCCUUUGGAACUGCCAGGCCCUACCCACACCACUACAGACUCUACCUAUAGUGCCAUAAGCCCUACCCACAGUGCCCCAACCCUCACUCACACUACUGCAAGCUCUACCUACCACAAGCCUAUGAUCUCUACCCUCACUACUAUAGGCCCUUGCCCUACUAUCACAAGUCCAGUCCAGACCACUGCAAGCCCCACCCAUACCACUGCAAGCCCUACUCACACUACUGAAAGCCCCACCCACACAACCAAAAACCCCACCCAUACCACCACAAGCCCCACUCACACAGUCACAAGCCCCACCCCAGCCUCUACUACCUGCAUUCAGCCAGCUCCCAGAGCCCUCAGCACUUCUGACCAGAGUCCUUCCUGUUCCAGUCGGAAACCCUUCACAAACCCUGUGCCAGACCUCCCGGAGUCCAUCAUUCAGAGGCUAACCCCCCCUGCCUCCCCACUAUCCCCUCUGCCCCAGCAUUCAGACCUCACUCUGGCUGUGGCUGCCCAGGCCCCAGUCUCAGGGGAAGCUGGAGAGACUGGGGACAGGAGGCUGGAGGAGGCACUGGGGGCCCUAACAGCUGCCCUGGAUGACUAUCGUGGCCAAUUCCCUGAGUUACAGGGCCUAGAGCAAGAGGUGACCCGGCUGGAGAGUCUGCUUAUGCAGAGACAAGGCCUAACUCGCAGCCGGGCCUCCAGCCUUAGCAUCACCGUGGAGCAUGCCUUGGAGAGCUUCAGCUUCCUCAAUGAAGAUGAAGAUAAUGAUGGUCCCAGUGACAGGCUCCCAAGCAGCCCAGAGGCCGGGGCAGAGGACAGCCUAGAGUCACCCAGUGCCCGCCCCCUCAGCACAGGGUGUCCAGCUCUGGACUCCGCCUUGGUCCAGCACCUGUACCACUGCAGUCGCCUCCUGCUGAAACUAGGCACAUUUGGGCCCCUGCGCUGCCAGGAGGCAUGGGCCUUGGAGCGGCUACUGCGGGAAGCUCGAGUACUUGAGGCAGUAUGCGAGCUCAGCAGGCUAUGGGAGAUUCCUGUCACCUCUGCCCAGGAAGUGGUACAGUUCUCAGCUUCUCGGCCGGGCUUCCUGACUUUCUGGGACCAGUGCACACAGGGCCUCGGCCCUUUCCUCUGCCCCGUGGAACGGGUACUUCUCACAUUCUGCAAUCAAUACGGUGCUCGUCUAUCCCUGCGCCAGCCAGGCUUAGCUGAGGCUGUGUGUGUGAAGUUUCUGGAGGAUGCCUUGGGGCAGAAGCUACCCAGGAGGCCCCAGCCAGGACCUGGAGAGCACCUCACCAUUUUCCAGUUCUGGAGUUAUGUUGAAACCUUGGACAGUCCCUCCAUGGAGGCCUAUGUGACUGAGACUGCUGAGGAAGUGCUACUGGUGCAAAAUCUCAACUCGGAUGACCAGGCUGUUGUACUGAAGGCCCUGAGGUUGGCACCCGAGGGGCGGCUGCGAAGGGAUGGGCUUCGGGCCCUCAGCUCCCUGCUUGUCCAUGGCAACAACAAAGUCAUGGCUGCUGUCAGCACCCAGCUCCGAAGCCUGUCACUGGGCCCCACCUUCCGGGAGAGGGCCCUCCUGUGCUUCCUGGACCAGCUGGAGGAUGAAGAUGUACAGACUCGAGUGGCUGGCUGUUUGGCCCUGGGCUGCAUCAAGGCUCCUGAGGGCAUUGAGCCCCUAGUGUACCUCUGCCAAACAGACACGGAAGCUGUGAGAGAAGCUGCCCGGCAGAGCCUGCAACAAUGUGGUGAAGAGGGACAGUCUGCCCAUCGACGGCUGGAGGAGACACUGGACGCCCUGCCCCGCAUCUUUGGGCCCGGCAGCAUGGCCAGCACAGCUUUCUAAACCAUCCACCCACAGCUCCCAGCGCCCCUUCCCCCUACUUUCAGGGCUCACCAGGCACUGGCAGGGAGGGUGAGGGCUGGCUCCAGACACUCCUCCCCCACAGAUUCUAUCAAUGAAAAUCUAAUAUAUUCUUUUUUUGCCCCUGGGGUUGGUAGAUUCAGUGCCUGGAGUCAAGUGCCUCCUAGCCUCGGCUCAGCACAUCCCUUGUCACAAAUCAGUGUCUGGGGCCUGGCCACUCUGCCUCUACCCCAGUACAUCUUUUGGUUUUGUAUUUUAUUUACAGAGUUUUACAGAAUAUAAAGAAGCAAGUUGCCUUUCCUA